GCGUGGGUGAGUGAGUGUGUAGUAAAGGAGCUGCCGCGGUGCUAUUUAACAGAGAGCCGAGGAGACCUCAGACAGGACGAAGCAUUGCCCAACAAACAGGAGCGAUUUCAGCACCAGGACAGCGACUCGUAGCUCAAAGAAACUAACUUCCUACCAGACACCAUGGUUCUCAUCUGGACUCAGUUCGGUGUUAAGCACAAAAAUGUCAAUGUCAAGUGCAAAGUGCGAGUUAUGCACAGAGGGGACAGCUCAGGCUCAUCAUCAGCGGAAAGCACCAAGUCUGAGCAGGAUGUGCCCUGCCUGGCCAUCAAACCCACAGGCAAGGACUUCUACAAAGUCCUGGGUGUCUCACCUGAAUCCAAUGAAGACGAGAUCAAGAAGGCCUACAGGAAGAUGGCUCUCAAGUAUCACCCAGACAAGAACAGCGAUGCGGAUGCAGAGGACAAGUUCAAAGAGAUUGCAGAGGCCUACGAGAUCCUGACUGACCCCAAAAGGAGAAGCAUCUAUGACCAGUUUGGAGAAGAAGGUCUUAAAAAUAGAAUGUCAAUGGCGGGCCAAGGCAACGUUUUUCGCAAUAAUUUCCACACCGACCCCCACGCCACCUUCUCCUCCUUCUUCCAUGGCACCGACCACUUUGACAUCUUUGGCAAUGACGUUGACGCCGAAGAUGAGCUCUUCAACCCCUUCCGACGGUUCCCCUUCAGCCACGUGGGCGGGUUCUCAGGCUGCGAGGGCGGCCUGCGAAGAGGCCAACGGCGGCUGCAGGGCGAUGAGGUGGUGCAUGACCUGCUGGUCACCCUAGAGGAGGUGAUGCAAGGCUGCACCAAGCAUGUGAAGAUCACCCGCAGCCGCCUCAACCCCGAUGGCCGCAGCCUGCGAUCCGAGGAAAAGAUGUUAAAUGUGGUGGUGAAGAAAGGCUGGAAGGCAGGGACCAAGAUCACCUUCCCCAGAGAGGGCGAUGAGACGCCCAACAACACCCCUGCAGACAUCACCUUCAUUCUCAGGGACAAGGAGCACACGCAGUACAAGAGAGACGGCUCCAACAUCGUCUUCACUGCCCAGAUCACACUCAAGGAGGCUCUCUGUGGCUGCACAGUUAACGUCCCAACACUUGACAACCGGAUGAUGCCUCUACCAUGCAGCGAUGUUAUCAAACCAGGUGCUGUCCGCCGGCUAAGGGGCGAAGGUCUGCCCAUGCCCAAGAGCCCGUCCCAGCGAGGCGACUUGGUGGUGGAGUUCCAGGUGCUCUUCCCCGACAGGAUCCCACCACAGUCCCGCGAGAUCAUCAAGCACAGCCUGGCCCAGUGCUAGCCUGCUUAUUUUUUUUUUUAUUUAAGGACCUGAUUGACACAGCUUCACCGUGUGUGUAUGUUGUUAUCAAUUCACAAACCCAGCCUUGCCCAAGGUGCUAAUAUCACAACCAAUCACAGCCUCUUGUGUGUGGAAAUGGCAAGCAAUGCUUAAGUGAGUUGUAGUUCGGUGUGGAGGUGACUUUCUGCAGGCAUGACGUACAACUGAGCAGUGAGUUUAGAACUGAUGAAUGGGGUCUUUGGUAUCUGAGGGCGUCCAUUGACUCAAUAACCUUUCUCUUGAAUGAAAAGGUUAUCUGUAGGCUACUGUUAUACCUGCAAACCUAUAGCAGGAUAUCAGUGAGCUAUUCAAGUCUGUAUAGACUUCCUUAAACCUGAAUGGUAGAAACACAUGAAGAAAAAAAAACAACUUUAUCAUAGUUAUAUGGUGCUCAUAUGACUGAUCUUUUGCAUUGAUUUAUUACAAUAGCAAAAUGUACUUGUGUACAAGGAUUUACUUUGUGUACGAAAUGCAAAAAUAUUGUCUCUAAGAGAGAUUCAUCGGUCAAAUGUUCUAUUGAAUUAUUUGAAAUGUUUGUAUAUAUUCUGUAAUGAUGUAUUAUUACCUGAGAUGUUUGGAAGAAUGGACAAUAAAGUAAAAACCUACAAUU